GCUGUAGCAUUACCGCAAUGAGGGGGAUGUAGCAGUUGUGGUCGGACAGAUGGGACCUCGAGAUUGACUGUGACUCACCACAGCGAGAGGCGUAAAGCCAUUUGAAUAGGAAAAUGUGGCGGUAAUAAAGCAUCUUUAUAUCGGAGGAAAGGACAUGUCCGUUUUUGACCCGCUAUCAAGAACUGACGAGUGGAACUUCGGGGAACAACAUAUGCAUUUGAAGCAGGAGAUCAAAAACCAUCCCCAAGACAUAUGAAUAUAUCUGACAGUAUUCGGGAUGACUUUGCUGACUUUCUCCAAAUCUGCAGUAGUUCCACUUUAUUCCUGAAUCAAUUAUGGAUAACUACACAAAAGCAAGCUCUUUGUCCAGACUCUGAUUUCAAAGGGAUUGGCAGAGUCUUGAACCUGCUGUGAUGGGAUAUAUUUGGACCUCUCCGGUGUCAACGAUCUUCAUUUAUUUUUUGUUUCUUCAGUUUUGUUUUCCACUAAAUAAAUCUGGAAAAGAUACCAAAGUGCAUCCACGCAUCAAGUGUGGACAGUAAACAGAAACACAAAUUUGGCAUGCACUGAUUGUCUGUAUUGAUGUACUUGAGCUGUAAAAUUAAUAGUAUUUAUAUACUAUGUUAAGCAUUCUGUUUUUGUUUCUGUGUUGUGAAAAGAACAUUAUGUUGUAGACCUCUGUUGUCUGAUCAGCAUUGUAUGAUGCAAGCUUUUUGAAAGAAAUGAUUUCUAGCAAUUCCUUUUAGCGAAAAACAAAAACAAAGCAAAAAGCAAGCAACACCGAGGACAUUGCACAGGUGGUGUACUAAAAUUGGCCUGCUUUGCACCUGGUUUCUGGUUCUUCCAGUUCCCCUGCCGUCAGCGCACUUCAUCUCGCAGGAUGAGCCAGAAGUCGGACUCCGAGACCGAGAGCUCCCAGGCCCCCGUGCUUUACACGGUGGAGGAACUGGAAUGCAAGAUCUGCUACAACCGCUUUGACACACGCGCCCGUAAACCUAAAGUGCUGAGCUGCCUGCACCGAGUUUGUGCCAAAUGUCUGAAGAAAAUGGUGGAGCUGGACUCCUCUCCGAGCAUCAUCAGCUGCCCCUUCUGUCGCCACGAGACCCACGUCCCUGAUGAGGAGAUCUGGCUGCUUCAAGAUGACAGCAACAUCCUGGCCAUUCUUACUUACCAGGACCGGGCACGUAAAGGUGGUACCACACCAAGCGGUGAGGUCCUCUUGACACCCAACAGUUUAAGCGGAGGAAGCGGAGGGGAGCAAGCGCACAGUUCUUCCGACUGCCUCGUCAUCACAAUCAUGGAAGUCCCCGGGGAGUCCCAGUCCUCGGAUUCAAUGAGCAUGCUGAAUAUGGUGCGCAUGUACCGACCGGCCAGCCUGGACUCAUUGCCCUGCCACCUGCCUGUGCAGAAGUGCCGAGCGUGGACGUCUCGCUCAAUUCCGCGCUUCCUGAUGGGAGUCCUCUGUCUGGUGUACUUCAGCUCGCUGCCGCUCGGGAUCUACUUGCUGAUGAUCCAGCAGCUUACAAUGGGAGUGAUCUUGGUCAGCCUGGUCCCCUCCACCCUGGUCCUCUGUGUAUUUUACGGCUUUUGCCAAUGUCUGUGCCACGAGAUCAUGGAGGCUAUCGCCACAUAGCGGCUCGGCUCCGGACAAUGACUAGCGAGACCAGUAAAGAACUAAAGCCAAAUCUCUGACGCAUAUCUGCUGAUCCCUCCCUGUGCAAGACAUCUUCGGUUUCACCAGAUUAUACCAGCAUCUACCAGUGAACUCCUUGUAAAUCACCUAACAUUGUAUACAGGGCCAGCUGUACUUGAUUUUAGCAGUUACGGCUUGAUCACCAAUGCUAGCUGGAGGUAUUGAUUUUGGACUGCAUCAGAUCGCUGUGGUUUUGUAUUGUGUCUCACCCAAUGGGCCUUCAACAACUGUGAUAUAAAUAACACAUAACAGAGAAUGAAUCCCCACUAUUCCUUAUCAUAAUGAAACCACAGGAUAUGUUCAAUAAUACUAGAUCAUUUGUUCAAUAUUUUUGUUAUGUUAUGACUAAAUGUGGUAUAUUUUAACCAAUGUCUCAAUGUUCUCGUUGAAGUUUCUAUAGUUGCCUUUGUAAGGCAUGUCAAUGGCCAAGCUGUAAUGUAUAUGUAAAAAAAGUGAAUUUGUGUUUGUCAUUGCUAUGAAAAUGAACAAAUACUUAAAAGCACCUGUUAGAUAAUCAAUAAAGAUUCUUCCAGAU